UACACCCACACCAUGGCCCCCUCCCAACUCGCGCAGCUUAAGGCUGCGCUCUCAACGAGCGGGCUCAACCGCAAGACCCAGUCGAAGAAAUCCAAGAAGUCUGGCGGCAAGAAGGGCGGCGCGCAGGAUGUCGACCGCGCGAAGAAGAUGGCCAAGCUUGAUGAAAUCCGCGCGCGGUUCAACAAGUUUGACGAGCGUGAGACGCGCACCAAGCACGAUGUUGGUGGGCGUAAUCUCAAGGGUGUGACUGGGCGACCCACUGCUGCUCGCUCUGCGGGCCUGGAACAGCGCCGUCAGACCCUGCUUGGCGAGCACCACCUCCGCGAUCACCGCGGCUCGUUCCGCGACCGCCGGUUCGGUGAGAAUGACCCAAGCAUGUCACUUGAGGACCGGAUGCUCGAGCGAUACACGCGCGAGCGUCAGCGCGGACAGGGCAAGAAGGGCAUGUUCAACCUCGAGGACGACGAGGGCUUUGACGACGAGGAUGGGUUCGCCUUGGGCCUGACACACGGCGGGCGUAGCGUCAUGGACCUCCCAGGCGACGACUUUGAAAUGAUGGGUAUGGGAGAGGAGGACGAGUUCAGCGGUGCGAUCAGCAGGCAACGGGUGGCAAGGGAACACUUUGGCGGGUUCCGCGACGAGGACGAGGAGGAAGGAGAGGAGCGCAAGAAGACGAAGCAUGAGGUCAUGUCCGAGAUUAUCGCCAAGAGCAAGGAAUACAAGAUUGAACGGCAGAAGAUGCGUGAUGAGGACGAGGAAAUUCGGGCUGAGCUCGACGACGGGCUUGACGAGCUGCGCGAGCUGCUGGCUGGCAGUGUUCCCACCAAGCCGGCAGUACAGUUGCCCGGUGUGGAGCGCGCUGCCCCGAUUCCCGACCAGAAUGACGACAAGGACUACGACCAGUUUGUUCGCUCCCUUGCAUUCGAGGCACGCGCGAAGCCGAAGGACCGCACGAAGACAGAGGAAGAGGAGGCAGCAGACGAGGUCGCACGCCUACAGGAGGCUGAAGCGAAGCGGCUGCGCCGGAUGCGUGGGGAGGAUUCCGAUGACGACGAGGAGGGCGGAGGCGGGAAGCGGCGCAAGAAGGACCGUGCGCCGGACGCCGACGACCUCGGUGACGACUUCAUGGGCGAGGUCGACGAGGAGGGGAAUCUUCUGCUGGGCGAGGGUCUCACGCGAAAGGCGAUGGAGGAGAUGGCCCCAAAGGACGAGAGCGGGGAGGAGGACGGAAGUGAAGGGGAGAGCGACGAGGGCGAGUCCGGCGAGGACGAGGACGUGGACGGCGAUGACGACGACGACGACGACGACGACGACGAAGAUGACGACGAAGAUGACGAGCUCGAGGACCUGGAAAGCGACGACGCCUCAUCGGACGACGAGGUGCCGCAGCUCGUGCCCGUCAAGAAGAAGCGCAAGGCCGUCACCUCCGAGAUUCCUUUCACCUUUCCGUGUCCGGCGACACUCCAGGAGUUUGAGGAGAUCGUGGAGCCGCUGGCGGAGUCGGCGCUCCCCACAGUGGUUCAGCGCAUCAGGGCGCUGCACCACCCCUCCCUUGCGCAGGGAAACAAGGAGAAGCUACAGGCUUUUCUCGGCGUCCUGCUGGACUUUAUGCUCGUUCUUGCGUCCGAAGACCGCUUCGAGUCCAUUACAGCGCUGGGACCACACUUCGCGGCUCUAGUCAAGCUGAACCCUCUCACCGCCUCCUCGCAUUUCAUCGCCAAGCUGGCGCUCAUGCAGAAGAACCUCACACGUGGGUUGGCGCGCGGCGCGUCCAACCCGACUUCGAAGACCAUGCCCGGCGCGCCAGAGCUGACGCUCCUCCGUCUUGUCGGGGCCACAUGGUCCACCUCCGACUUCUCCCACCCGGUCGUACAGCCCGCCAUGCUCCUCAUGGGCCAGUACCUCUCGCAGAGCCGGAUCCGCUCCACAGCGGACCUUGCGUCGGGGCUCUUCCUCGUCUCCCUCAUUGCGCAGUACGAAGGCGAGAGCCGGCGCCUCGUGCCCGAAGCCGUCAACUUCCUCGCCUCGACGAUCCUGGCCCUGCUGAAGCGGAAGAAGGAUGCACGCACCGUGCGCGCAUUCCCGAACCUCGUCGCCGCUGAGCUGCACCUCGGUGCAGGCGUUGCACCGCACCACCCCGUCAACCUCCUCUCGGCGCGUACAGACGGGGAGCAGGCGCGCUCCAACCUCCUCGCCGUGUCGCUGCGAUUAAUCCAGUCGUACGGGACGCUCUACGCGUCUCUCGACGCCUUUGCCGAGCUCUUCUCUCCGCUCGCCUCGGUCCUCUCCUCCUCGCGCAUCAAGCUGUGUCCCGAGCUCAAGGCGCUCUUCACCCAGACCUCGGCGCAGCUCGAGAACCAGCUGCGCCUGGCCAUGUCCUCGCGCGCACCCCUCGCUCUGCAGGACCACAAGCCGAUCCCGAUCGCGUCGUACGCGCCCAAGUUCGAGUCCGACUUUGCGCCAGGGCGGCACUACGACCCGGACGUGGAGCGGAAUGCGGCGGCCAAGCUGCGCGCAGAGUACAAGAAGGAGCGCAAGGGCGCGAUCCGCGAGCUGCGCAAGGACAACCGCUUCCUUGCGGCGGAGCGGGCGCGCGAGCAGGCCAAGAAGGACGACGAGUACAAUGCCAAGAUGCGCAAGGCGCACGGAAGCCUCAAUGCCGAGCGCGCGGAGGAGAAGGAGAUGGAGCGGGAGAAGCGGCGCGAAAAGCGCCGCAGGGGCAACUAGACGGCCACAUAGACAUCGCUGUACAUGCAUAUUUUCACGAGG